AUGCUCAUUGAAGAGUCCCAUGUCGAUGUUCCCACUACGGCCGAUGGCCAGGGGACGAUGCGAAUCUACAUCUACCACCCGACAAUCCCGGGAUACCCCAAUGCCCGGUUCCCGGGCGUAGUCGUCUUCAGCGAGAUCUACCAAGGUGGGAUGAGCCCCCCCCCCCCCGGUCCGGAGACAGCAUCGGAUCUGGUCACGCUAUCCAAAGAAAAAAAUACAACUGACAUCUCUGCGUGGCUGUUCACAGUGACUGGCCCCGUAGCCCGCUUCGCGCGUCAGAUUGCGGGCCAGGGAUAUAUUUGCGCGGCCCCGUCCAGCUACCAUGAAUUCACGGGUCCGGAGCCUCUGAAGUAUGACGCGGAGGAUACGGAUAAGGGCAAUGCGUGGAAAAUUGGCAAGAAACUAGCCGCCUACGACGAAGACGCCAGUCUCUCGAUAGACUAUCUGCUCUCGCUGCCGACGUGCAAUGGCCGUGUUGGCGCGACGGGUAUGUGUCUGGGUGGUCACCUUGCGUACCGGUGUGCGUUGGAUAGUCGGAUUAAGGCGGCGGUGUGUUACUUUGCUACUGAUAUUCAUAGCAAGACGUUGGCAGAGGGGAAGAAUGAUGAUAGUUUGGCGAGGGCGGGGGAUAUUAAGGGGGAGUUGUUGAUGAUCUUCGGUAAAAACGACAACCACGUCCCGCCAGAGGGUCGCGACUUGAUCCGCAAGACCCUGCAUGACAAGGGCGUUCUCUUCAGUUUCUACGAAGUCGCCUGGGCGCAACAUGCCUUUAUCCGAGAUGAGCUCAGCAAGGGCCGGUACGACCCUGCCAUCACCAAGGCGUGCUUCGAGAUGCUCCUGGAACUAUUCGGACGCACCUUGAAGCUGGAUCUGGGCGAGCAUGACGGGAAGAAGUUGGUGGUUGAGGAUGUUUGCUAA